AUGUCGGAACCGCUGCUGGAGUCAAACAACCACCAGGCCCCAUCGGGCCCCGCCUCGUCGACUUCUUCCUCAUCGUCGCCGGCGCCGCCAUCAUCGGGAGUAGAGCCAAAGAGGAGCCCAGGCUCCGGCAUUGCCCUGUCGUUUGACGAGAUGCCCACGUCCAAGAACGGCGCUGGCGGGGACUGGACCACGGUCUCGUCGUUUUCCAUGUCGUCGCUCCAGGACACGGCCACGGCCAUUCUGGCGGCGCAGCAGCCCAACCAGCAGCUGCAGCAGCAGCAGCAAUGGCCUUCAGGAGGAGCAGGAGGAGGAGCUGGCGACGGCGAGAAGGAGGGCCUGUCGAGGAGGCAGUCGAGCACAGGCCACCAUGGCGAGCGGCACAUGUGGACGCCCGAGGAGACGCAGGCACUCGUCGAUGGCUGCAACAAGCACGGCAUUGGCAACUGGAAGACGAUUCUCAACGACGACGACUUCAAGCCCGUCUUUGUCGACCGCACGCCCGGCGACCUCAAGGACCGCUUCCGGACCUACUUUCCCGAUGCCUACCACGAGCUGUACCCCAACGCAAAGACGCACAUGAGCCGGGCUGUUCGGAGCAAGAACCCCGACGGCAAGAGCAUCUUUGAAAAGGGCAAGACCAAGGAGCGCAGGCCCUUUUCGGCCGCCGAGGACGAGGUGCUGCGGCGCGGGUACGAGCAGCACGGGUCGCACUGGGCCAUCAUUGCGCGCGACGCCGUCUUUGAGGGCAAGCGCAAGUCGACGGACCUGCGCGACCGCUUUCGCAAUGCGUUCCCUAGCCUGUACGAGCAGGCGGGGUACAAGCCCCGGAGCAAGGCGCCCAAGAAGGAGCGCCGGCAGAGCAGCAGCACGUCGUCGAGCGUCGCGCAGCUGCCGCCCGAGUGGGGCGCCAACCUGGCGGCGACGCUCGCUGCCUCGUCUGCCCAGUCCGUCCUUGGCUCGUCGUCCCUGUCGCCACAGCAGCAGCAGCAGCAGCAGCAUCAACAGCAAGUGCAUCAGCAGGUGCAGCACCAGCUGCAGCUGCAGCUGCAGGCCCAGUCGUCUGCCCCCACGGCGAUGCAGGCCCACCACCAUCGGCCAGCCUACUCGUCGACAGCCUCGACGGCCUCGACGAUCUCGCAGUCUGCCUCGGCCGAGGUGAGCAUGAGCGAGCAGAGCGACAGCGAGUUCAGCGACUAUGCCGUCGACCACCACCACCACCAGCGCCAUGCCAAGGACCGCUCGGGAGGAAGCUUUGCGAGCAGCAGCAGCAACCUCAGCGCGCCCUCGCUCCAGCGCUCCCUCUCGAGCACCUCCAACGGCGCCGGGGCUGCCGCUGCCGAUGCGCCGCGCCACGACCACCAGCAGGAGCUCCAGAGGCAGCAGCUGCAGCAGCACAUUGGCUUCACCUCGCUCAUGAUGCCCGCUGGCGCUGGGCCAUCGAGCAAGCCGGCAGCUUCGCCGUCGUCUGCUUCGGCAGCGGCGGCAGCAGCAGGAGCAGGAGCGGCAGGAGCAGCAGGAGCAGCAGGAGCAGCAGGAGCAGCAGGAGCAGCGGGGACAGCGAUGCCAGCGACGGGGCUGAGACGGACGCAGAGCUCAAAGAAGACGUCGACAAAGGUGGCAUCGCACGACAUUGGCUGCGAGGCUGCUGCUUCUGUCUCUCGCUCCGCGUCGAAGCGCGCACACAAGGAGCACCUCGAGCAGCACGCAGCCGCACGUCGGUUGCAGCAGCAGCAGCGCCUCGCCCAGCAGCAGCAGCAACUACAACAACAACAGCAACAGCAGCAGCAGCCGUCGAUGCAGCAGACGAUGCAGCAGUCGAUGCAGCAGUCGAUGCAGCUUGCGGCGAUGCAGGGCGCUACUCAGCAACAGCAGCAGCAGCAGAGACCGCCGCUGGAGCACAGCCUGAGUGCUGGAUGGACGCCCCGCUUCACCUCGUGGCUCCAGGCGUCGAGCAGCGACGGCCAGAACGACCUGUCGGCGAUGGACCUGGACCAGAUGGACUCGAUGAUGCAGAACCACUCGGCCACCGAGCUGCUCCAGGGCACCUUUCCCUCGUCGGCCGCUGCGAUGCACGCUGCCCAGACCGGGCAGACGGGCGGAGCGAGGGGCACGAAGUCGCCGACGGACGGGGAGGAGGAGGAGGAGGAGGAGGAGGCCAUGAAUGUCGAUGGUGGUGGUGGUGUUGGUGGUGGCGCUGCUAGUGGUGCGCCGACGCGACCGCUCAGCUGGCAGGGCGAUGGCGGCGGCAGCGGCGGCGGCUCCUUUGGCCCGUCGGACUUUGGCCUCGGCGCCAUCCCGGCAAAGGCCCUCUCUGUCGCUUCGUUCCAGGACCUGCUCGACCCCGUCGGCAAUCCUUCGUGGGCUGCAGCGGCCGCCAUGGCGAGUGCGAGCCAGGGCCAGGGCCAGGGUCAGCAGCAGCAGCAGCAGCAGCAGGCUGCGCUUGCCUCGCCGCCCGAGCUCAGCCAGGGCCUCAGGCGAGACCACGAGCACAACCAGUGGGCCGGCGACCUCCUUCACCGUGGUCCGGCGGCAUUCGAGGGCCUCGACUUCAACGAGGCGCCCCCGGCCGACUUUGUCAGCAUGGCCUCGAUGCAGCAGCAGCGGCAGCUCAACCAGCAGAAUGCCAACGAGCAGCGACAACAGCCGCCGUCGCAGCCGCCUAGGCAGCAGCAGCAGCAGGGGCAGCAGCAGCGGUCGCACUCGAGCCAGCGACAGGCGCAGAACCAGCAGCAGCAGAGCCAACAGCAGCAGCAGCAGAACCAGCAGCAGCAGCGAGACGAGCGCCAGCCGCGGCCUGGGUCAGGGAGCGCCGAGCCAGGCACGCCGUCGGUGCACGAGCUCCUCAGUCGCAGCGGCGCCACGCGGCGGAUGAGCAACCCACCGCGGGGCUUGCUGCCCCAGUCUGCGGCCGCCACGCUGGGCGCCAGCGCCGAGCUGAGCGAGAUGAUGCUCCAGUCGGCCUACCGAAACAACCCAUACCCAUACCCUUACUCGGCCGACGACCUCUCGCUCACCCUCUUUCCCAGCCUGGUCCAAGGAUACCCGUCCACGCCUUCGGAUCUGUUCGCUACGUCUGUCGGCGCCACAGCACAGGCUGCAGGCCAGACGCCGAGCCAGACUCAGGCGCCGUUCCAGGCCACCACACCCUCGUCGCCAGCGAUCCGCAGGAGGCGGUCUACGGAUGCGCUGGGCGAGGCCAUGCUGCUCAGGAGCCAGCAGCAGAGCGACGACGAGCAGUGGAACUUUAUCAGGCGCGCCCAGCAGCAGCAGCAGCUCUGGCAGCAGCAAUUCCAGCUCCAAAACCAGUCGCAGCUCCCGUCUCAACCCCGGUCUCAAUCGUCGCAGCUUCAGCAGGGGCGGCAGCAGGGGCAGCUGCUGCAGCCGGGACUGGACGAGAUCAGGGAGCGAGGCGGCGGAGGCGGCGGCGGCAGCCACAGCGCCCGCUCGGCCUCGGUGGCUUCGCACGACCCCGAGGACGGCUCGGCUGCCGGCGGCGGCGGCACGAGCAGCACGGCUGGCAGCAGCGUGGGCGCGCUGCAGGACGACGAGGCGAACGGCGUCCUCGCCUCCUAUGCCGAGUCUCUCCCCGACCUCUCGUCGACGGCCUUUGACUUUGGCCUCUCGUCGGCCAGCCAGACGGGCCCCGGCUCCACCUCGUCGUGGCCCCAGGGCAACCUGGCGCUCAUGUCGUACGACGACAUGGAUUUGCCCUCGUUUCUGGGCCGGUCGCCAGUCCCACACCAUGCGCCCCUCAGCCCGCGCGCGCUCGCCAACUCGCUCGACAUCGGCGCCUGGAGCACGGCGCUCAAUGCUGCCGCCGACGACCGAGGCCAGCAGCAGCAGCAGCAGAAUCCAACUCAAUCGUCACCCUCGACGACGUUCCACAACGGCGGCGGCAAAGCGUGGAGCGUCGAGCCCGAGUCGGGUCGCCAGGCAAUGUCCACCGUCGACGCGCGUACGCCUGCUUCGGUUGCGCAGGCACCGCCCGUGUCCGACUCGUCGCACCGUGCCCAGGCGCCCUCAUUGGCGUCGUCAUCGUCUGCUUCGGCCUCGGCCUCGUCUGCCUCGUCGUCCUCGAUCUCCUCGCGCGACCCUUCCCCUGCGCCGCCGCCGCUCCGCCAGCGCUCGUCGCUCGACCUCUCGCGCUUUGCGACGCUGACGCCGAACGACCCCAACGGCCUCUCUCACGCCGGCCUGGAUGGUGAGCUGGACGACGGCGAGAUGGAGGACGACGAGGCUUCAGACGACGACGACGACGAAGACGACGAGGAUGGCGACGGCUACGACGAGGACGAAGAAGACGGCGAGGAGGAGGGCAUGAGCGACACGGGCCAUGCCCUCAAUGGGCUGGAGCGCCUCUACCUCGAGCGUCUCACCAACUCCCUCGGCCGACAGGGCCAAAGCCAGGGCCAGGGGGGCCAGGGAGCGUCCGACGAGCUCGUCGCCGCCAUGCUGCGCGACCGCCGCGAUCGCGCCUCGGCCAGCGAGAGCGACUCCUCGCAGCAGCUCCCCGCCUGGUGGACCAGGAUAGCCGAGCGCGGAGGCGCCGCGCACGACGCCGCCCGCGGCGGCUACGAGAGCGUCUGA